UAGUUUGAGGAAGUAGUAAAAGCGUAAUCACCGGUGGGUGUGGCUCUGCUCACCUGGAGUGAGUGACGUGUGACGCCGAGGUACAGAAGCGGCGAAGGUGCAGGAAUGUUUUGAAGUUUUGCUUAAAACUGUAUUUUUCUAAUAUGUUUAGCCUCCGUGCUGGGAUAUCUGAGGUCUCCACACUUUCAGAAUCACGGUGCACGUGAAACUAGCCGGGUAAAGGCGGUGGUCUGCUGGUGACCCUAAUCAGAUGUUCAACAAGUGACGCACACUCACCAGCCAAUCAGAAAACCAAUAAAACUGCCAUGUCUCACAGAAAGUCUGAUGGCUCCACAUAUGACCAGUCUCUUCUUAUUCCGGAGAGCCGCUUCAACACAGUCCUUCAGCUGGACCAGUCGUCUGGAAAGUCAGCAUCCAGCAUCAACCUGUCCAGAUUGGAUUCUCCUGAGGAUGAGCGCAGGACGGUAGUGCUCAGCACGCAGAGCGAAGCAGCCCGAAAGCGGGGCACUCAGCAGCUCAUUCCAAAAAGCCUGGCAGUGACCAGCCGCCCAAAAAACCGCCACCACACCACUGUAGUGACCCUACCCGUGCCCCUACAGGCCUCGGAAAUCGGCUGGGAGGACUAUGACAGUGAUGCAGGUGAUGGCGUUUCACUCAGGAGAAAUCGCAGGAAUAAAUCAUAUCGCGCUGCGAUCACUAGUCUGCAUCUCGACGGUGAACUUCAACCAGAAAGUCUUUCGCCGGUUAGUGAUGAGAAAGUGGUCAGCCCAAAGCAAGCGAACAAAUCGGGACGCAAGAGAACAUUAGGAAGGAUCAGGAACAGAAAGCAUGCCGGCUCUUUUAAAGAUGAGCCACGGUUUUAUCAGGAAAUCAAGGAACGAGGCCUUAACGUCAGCAGCUUGAGCACAGAGGAAGAGGAGCUUUCACCGGUGGGGCCACCAGGGGAAGAUCAGGGCAUAGUGGUGAAGAACUACAGGGCAGCGUACAUCACAUGGAGUCAGCUACCACAGGUGAAGGAUUUGGGUAUUUUGGAUUUCAUCACACCUGAAGAGCGCAAAAGACAAGAAGUCAUCUUUGAAAUCAUCACGUCAGAAUAUUCCUACCAGCACAGUUUGAGCAUCCUGGUGCGUCAUUUCAAGGACAGCGUGGAUCUGAGAAAGACCAUGACUGCAACAGAGCACCAUCACCUGUUCUCCAACAUAUCCGUCAUCCAGGAUGUCAGCAAACGGUUUUUUGAAGAUCUGGAUAAGCGUCACCAAGCAAACCCUGUGAUCGAGCGCAUCAGUGAUAUAGUGGCAACUUACGCAACUAAGCACUUUGAGCCAUACAUCGUGUACUGCUCCAACGAGACCUUCCAGCAGAGAACCCUCCAGAAACUACUGUCGAGUAACAGUGCGUUUCGAGAGACUCUGAAGCAGAUCGAAACCAGUGAGGAUUGUGGAGGUUUACCCAUGCUCUCCUUCCUCAUCUUACCCAUGCAGAGAGUCACCCGUCUGCCGCUUCUGAUGGAUACCAUCUGUGAGAAGACCACUAAAGAGACGGCUGAAUAUUAUAAAGCCUGCUGGGCUUUUAAAGCUAUCAGUAAGCUGGUGAAGAGCUGUAAUGAUGGAGCUCGGAGGAUGGAGCGGACAGAGCAAAUGUACACCAUCCAGAAACAGAUGGAGUUUGGCAAAAUCAAGCCUUUCCCUCUGGUGUCGUCUUCUCGCUGGCUGAAGAAAAGCGGUGAGCUGGCUGUGUACACCGAUGAUCUCAGCAUUUUCCGGAAGGCCUUCAGCUUCAAGAGCUACUACCUGUUCCUCUUCAAUGAUGUGCUCAUCGUCACCAAGAAAAAGAGUGAGGAGAGUUAUGUGGUGUUGGACUACGCCACUGUGGAGAAGGUGGAGGUGGAGGAGGAAAUGAGCGACUCCAAACUCAAUCUUAAACUGAUGAUGAAUCCCAACAGUGACGGCCGCAGUGAACAGUUAGUACUAGUUGCAGAAAACAAGCUGGUCAGAGCGCAGUGGGUCACAGCUCUUCGAGAUGUCAAGCAAACCAGCAGCAUCGAUAAUGACGAUUUGCCUCAGUAUGAAGCUACCAAAGCCUACCUGCCAAAAGCGCCAGACGAGCUGAGCCUGCAGCAGGCUGAAGUGGUCAUCGUUAUACAGGAAGUGGAAGGUUGGUGUUAUGGAGAGCGCAUGAGAGAUGGGGAGAGAGGCUGGUUUCCUGCUAGUUGUGCCACUCAGAUCACCAACCGCACCGCCAUGGAGAACAACAUCCAGCGUAUGGAGAGACUCCGCAAAGAGACCAACGUGUGAACCGAACCCCAGCCGCAGGACACUGUUUGUAGAGAUGAUUUUUAGACUAGUGUGAAUCAGGAACUGUUAACAAACACCACUCGUACGAGAUUAAUGUUUCUGGUUUUUAUUUCAGCUUGCCUUUUGUUAAAAUUCAUGUUUGGAUACAUAAAAAGUUAUUUAAAAAUGUCAAA